AUGAGCCAGGGAUUUGGCAGGGUAACGGGAGUACUUAGUGCUCUCGCCGCAUUAGUCUCCCUCGCUUCCGCCGUUCCGUUCGGGUUGCAGAUCUAUUCGUGUACUACGCCUGGGGUUAUUGCUCCGGGUUUCGAUGACGGGCCAUGGAUCUAUUCCGAGGAUAUUCUUAACAGGAUGGAAGCCGCUGGAUUCAAGGCGACUUGGUUCAUCAACGGAGCCAACAAGGGCAAUAUCUACGACUAUAACUCAACUCUACAGAGAAUGGUUAGCAUGGGGCAUCAAAUUGGCUCGCACACUUGGAGCCACAAGGACCUUGCAACUUUGACCGCCGACGGAGUACGACAAGAAAUGACGUUACUCGAGGACGCUAUGAUGAAUAUCCUAGGAUACUUCCCAUACUACAUGCGACCACCAUUUCUAUCACUCAACGCCAACGCCCUUAGUGUUCUCAAAGACCUUGAGUACCACGUUAUCAUUGGUGACCUAAAUACUAAAGAUUGGGAGUACCAAUCGGAAACCGGGAUCAAUACAGCAAAGCAGCUCUUCAUCGAUGGUCUUGACCAAGGCUACACCAUCGUCGAAGCUCACGAGCAAGAAGUCUGGACACAUGACGAGCUCAUCAACUACAUGAUCUCGGUAGUGCAAAGCAGAGGCAUCAAGACCGUGACUGUCGCAGAAUGUCUAGGUGAGCCAUCGACCUCACAAUGGUACCGCUCGGUUCGCCAACCAAGAUCCACCAAUACGAUUUCUAGCGCUGAUGCUGGCCCGACUGUAGUAUACUCCCUCAAUGGAAGGUGCGGCAACAUCAACGCUGGCAACAAUAUGGGCUGGACGUGCCCUCCAAAUGGUGGCCGGUGCUGCAGUAAAUAUGGAAGCUGCGGGAGCACCAGCGACUACUGCGCUGCGAAUGUCUGCCAGCCAGCUUUUGGGUUGUGCAACCCCCCAAUAUCUUCAUCUUCCUACCGCGACGAGGCCAGCAUGACGUCCGGCCCUGCUGCUACCAAUGUACCUUCAUCGAGUUUUGUCUUUUCCAACAACACUGCAACAGCUACCUCACCCAAUACGGCUGCGACGCCUCUAGGACCAGGGAGCAUCACGCCCGACAACACUUGCGGAAAUCAGGGAAGCGGGAAGAACAAAGGCUACAUCUGCAAGACCGGUUCGUGUUGUAGCAAGUAUGGAAACUGCGGUACGACUGCAGACUACUGUGCUGCGACUGUCUGCCAAAGUGCUUUUGGAAAAUGCGACACCGCUUCUGUAAGGGGGAGCGUCUCUCCUGAUGGUACUUGCGGGGACGUUGGAAAAGGCAACAACGCUGGCUACGUCUGCAAGACGGGCUUGUGCUGCAGCAAGUACGGUAACUGUGGUGGCACUGCAGAUUACUGCGCCGCUUCAAAGGGCUGUCAGGCAUCCUUUGGUAGCUGCACAAGUUAG